AUGGGGCAGUCGACAUCCGCAACGCAAAAUGUCCAGGCGCAGCGUAAAUCAGGUAUAGUAACCACAUCUUUGGAUGAGAGAUUCAAUCAACUGAAAUCUCAUUGUGAUUGUUUGGAUUUUCUCUACGACAUCGGCGAGCUGAAGAAUGCAUCUCCUGACAGCCUGGACACAAAGUGUAGGAACCUGGCAGCGAUUUUGCAAGAUCAUGAGUCAAGCGACAUUGAUGCACUGGAGUUGACGGAAGAACUAAAAGUGCUUUCAACAUUGUUGAAACCUGGAAUAGGUCCAAAAAAGACUCUGAAGUUUAUAGGAAGACAUAAUUGCCCUAAUGUUAACAUUGCUCUGAGAAUUCUCUUAACACCCUUAGUGACAGUUGCGAGUGAAGAGAGAUGUUUCUCAAAACUGAAAUUGAUAAUCAACGAUGAGCCAAACUUGUUUGAUGAUCUUGCAACAAUAUUGAUUGAGCAUAAGCUUGCAGAGGACUUAAAUUACACAGAUCGUGUGAAAGAGUUUGCACAAUCAAAAGCCAGGAAGGUUCGAUUUGUCUAG